GCGCGGCGAUCUCUCCCUUUUCGUGGUCCGAGGCAGGGCGAGGUAUCGGCUCCGCGAUGGCAUUCCUCCAAGCGGUUGCGCGGCCACUCUUCUGGGGGCAUUUCCAGAAAGCAACGAGAUUUCGGGAGCAAAUUGAAAAUUUCCCAAAUUACAAUAACCGCCAGAUGGCUUUCGGUUCCACCCCUCGUUACUUCCCAAAAUCGACAUGAAGAUUUGGAUUUGGUUCGCGUUCUUCAACCUAGGGUUUCUUUUUUAUAUCUCGCCGCUGCCGGUUCAAGGAGGGCAAGGUGAUAAGGUUGCAUUACCUAGCAUUACCUUUGGCUGGAUGGGCGAUAAGAAUGAGUUCCAAGCAGGUGAUAUAGCAAUCAUUAAGAUUAAGUUUUUGGAAAAUUCACUUGGAGACAAGAAUUCAGUUUUUAGCAGAGACCUAUUGAAUUUUACAUUAUCAGUCAAUGGCAAAAAAGGGAACAACUCAUACGUAUCUGGUGUAAUACAAUAUCUAGACAAGGAUCCUAUGUCCUGGAAUAUAUCAUUUACUACCAUUCGUGCAGGACGAUUUACUUUGGUUAUAACCGAUGACCAUUUUGGCAUUAUGGAUCCAUCCCUCCACUUCACUGUUACUGCUGGGCAUAUCUAUCCUCCUGCUUGCAUCAUCUAUUGGAUGGAUUUUAUCAACGAAUUUGUUGCUGGAUCAAAAGUUCAUCUGUUUCUGCUUCUUAAAGAUGCAUUUGGGAACAGUAUCUCGUCAAGGAAUAAUGAACCAAAUGGAAGUUAUUUCAAGGUAUUUUCAUCGUAUGAAAAUGGAUCUAUUGCAGACCAGCCUGACAUCAGUCAUAGUGGUUGGAAUGAACUGGGAUUCUUUGGCUUGGAGUUUAUUCCCAGGACCUCUGGAAGUCUUUUAUUACAUGUCUAUGGAAAUAAUCAAUCUUUAAGUGGUAUUCCUCUUACAUUUAUCGUCAAACCAGGAUCAAUAGACAUAAGAAAUACUCUGGGAAAAUGGAAAUAUAAAACAAAUGCAUUCCAGGUUUUCUCUAGGCUGGAAAUGUUCAUAUAUCAAAGAGAUCAGUUUGAGAACCUCGUCCCAGGUUUCUAUCCAUUUGAUGCUUGUGUUACUGAGAGGACUUCUAGUUUGUCUAUUCCGGUAGCAGACUUAUUAUUUGAAGAGGUAGCUGGAGGAAUCCAAUUGCUCUCUUUUAUUGUUUCUAUACCUGGUCAAUUCAGACUCAUCAUUUUUGAUGCAAAGCUUAAUGAAAGUAUCUGGAACUUGACAUAUGAUUUCUCUGUAUUUAUAGGUUAUUGUCAUCAUUCAAACAGUUUUGCUAAUGGGUCCGGCUUAAUGAGUUCUAUUGCUGGGAGAACAUCAUCUUUCAGAGUUUAUUUACAAGAUCUGUAUCAUAACCCAUCUCCAGUUGAGAUAGGAAGGCUGCGGGUCGAUAUUUUAAGUGAAAACAGAACCUUGAAUAGUGUACCAAUUAUUAUCCCUUUGCAGAAUCAUGAGGAUAAUAAUGAUGCGUGGAUGUCCAAUGAAACUGCCAAAUUCAUUCAUGGAUUGCCCUCUAAUAUUAUAACAAAUUUGUCAUUACAAGCUAGUCAAUUCAAUGUUACCUACACUCCACAGAAGUGUGGAGACUACAAAAUUUGGAUAUUUUGUGGGAACAUUCCUAUAAAUGAUGGCAAUCCUUAUGUGAUGAAAGUGUCACCAGGGUUGGUUGAUACAUCACUAUCAAGUGUGGCACAAUUUCAACCCAAUGUCAAAACACAUAUUAAGAAUGAAGUUUUGGUGCGACUUGUAGACUCUUAUCGAAAUCCAAUUUCAUCAGAGCAGACAAAACUGCGUCUUCUACUACUUACGGAGAACAAUUCAAGUUUUAUGAGAUGGGAGUUUCAUGACAAUCGAGAUGGAUCAUAUACUGGCUACUACAUGGCAAAAGAUCUUGGUGCUUACAAUAUGUGUAUUCUGUUUGACAACAGGCAUUUGUCUCCUUGUCCUUUUGAGGUGCAUGCCUAUGAGAGAGAGUAUUUUUCUGAGGCUAACAAUGAUAGUAUCUUUGUUUGGGAGGAUGAAUCACUUGCUUUUGAUGUCCUUUCAAAUGAUUAUGUUGUAGUCAGAAAUUCUACUACAAUUGAAUUCUCAAUUCCAAUUCAUGGAUCACUGGUGCAAUAUGGGCAACUGUUUCGGUACACUCCUUACCAGGGAUUCUUUGGUGAAGAUUUUUUUUCUUAUACAUUCUGUGAUAUCAACAAGAAUAUUGCUACUGCCAUGGUCUUCAUAUUUGUCCUCUGCAAGCCACCUCAGUUUAUUUCUUUACCUGAGAAAUUGCAUGUAAUUGAAGACAUAAUUAGCCCUCAAUUUGGUGGUUUUCCUGGAUUCGAAAUGAUAUACUCGGAUGAUAAGCAAAAUAUCUCUCUUGCAAUAAGAGCAAAAUCAGGGAAUGUCUUUUUUUCUCCGAUCCAAAUGCAGAUUCACCAAAAGCAAGGGAACUUUUUUUCAGUAAGCAGGGGAGAUGUAGCACGGAAGGAGUUAGUAAUUUCUGGCUAUGUAGAACCAAUUAAUUCUGCCUUGAAGUAUCUUCAAUAUCUUGGUAACGAGAACUUCUAUGGGAAUGAUAUAAUCACUUUGAAUGCCAUGAAUGAUAAUGGAGUACAAGAGGCUCGUGUUCCAGCUUUUGUUGCACCAAUAAAUGACAUUCCUUCUAUCAAUGCUCCUAAAUUUAUAAUUUUGGAAAGCAAGGAAGCAAGCAACGGGCAUCAUCUUUUUGAAAAACAAAGAGACGUGUUUGAGUUAGUUAUUGUUGAUUCAGACAUUUUCAAUUUUUCAGGUAACAAAUCCCUUUUCAUUGUAAUGAUAUCAAUGGAAGUAAAUGAAGGGACCUUGUCAACUACUCUGCCAGUAAAUCUCAUUAGUUCAUCCGAACUGAAGAUUCAAGGUAGCAAUCAAUGGCAGCCUCUUCAGACUUUUGUGACAAUAUCCAACCAUUUUGUGCUUAAAGGAAAAGGACUUAGAUUCCGUGGAACAAUUAGUGACUGUAACAGUGCAAUACAACAGUUGCACUAUCAAGAUAGGGGAAAUGAUGCAGUAUUGACUCUAAAGGUGAAUGAUUUGGGAAAUUAUGGAUGCUAUCCUGAUUGUUCAGAGAUGACAUCGAUGCCACUUUGUAAUGAGGUUAUCGUGAGUCUUAUAAAAAGGCCGGUACAUCGUUUGGAAUUUCUUGUGCUUAGAUAUAUAAUAAUCUUGGAGAUUAUCAUGAUGCUUCUUCUGGGAGCUAUGCUUCUUUUCUUCAUUUGCAAGUGUCUAAAUGCCCUCCAUAGAGAUAGACGUGACUCCUUUAAUGUUACACCCUUCUCAACUGGUGAAAACCUCAACCGUUACAAUGUAAGUCUUAUUUUCCUUCAUAAUAUAUUUAUCCUCUGUCCAAGUAUGCACAGACCAUUACAAUAUGGAAUUGUCUAAUUUCUUAAUGUCGUUUGAUUAUAUUCAUUAUAUUCUUCUUUAUGCCAUUUCGUUCCUGCAUAAGCCUCCAUCAAUCAAGUAAACAUAUUAGAGUAGAUGUUGUGCAUUCAUUGAUCACCCUCUGUAGAUUUUCUUUCCCUUGUUCCAUGUAAAUAGACCCUUAGAUUUAGCAUUGGCUUGUUGAUAAAAUAGUGUCAAUUGUGGACAUGAAAUAGGAUGAAAGUAUUGUUUUCUUUUAACUAACAUGUCUUUAGCCUGGUGAGCAAACGAAGCAGGUGAAGACCUAUGCUUCUUCAUAAUGGCUUUACAUUUUCCUUUUCGAUCUGUUCUUCUAGAUUUGCCUUGUGGUCAAACUAUAUUGUGGUGGUUAUUAAUGAUUGGACUAAACCCCACUAAUCAUUCUUCUCUUUUUUUCUUUAGCUAUUAUGAUUUGUUCUAUCUGGUACACUUUUUGGAAUGAAUUUUGCCUCUAUUCCUCUUCUUGAAAAAUAGAGUAAGCUUCGCUAUUAAUUCACUAGUCCAUAUCUACUUUAUCCCUGCAUAGAUCUUCUACUUGCUCUUGUUUGUAAUUCUGCAGCGCAACGGUAAAGUUCUUCAGAAAAUAUGACAGCCUGAAAGGAUGCCCAGUGUGGAUCGAUCAGCAAAGAACACAAUUCUAAAUCGCCACUAUAUUAUUUGUUGAUGGGUUUACAAUUGCCAAGUGCUACAAAAGAGUUGCAUUUUGUUAUCUGUUCCAAUGUAUUUAGUCUCGAAACUAAUCUGCUUAAAAUAAUUU